CUCUUGUCUGUUGGAUGCUGCGAUUAAUCACCUUGGUGGGAGUUGAAGUCCAAAAGUCCUGGAGAGCCCAAGCUCGCCCAUGCCUGGCAUACACGCCGUGUGGCUGGGACUCUUCCUGAAGGGAGCCUGGUGCCUCCCCAAAUGGGCGGGCCAAGGAGGCGAGGCGAAUGGCGGCGGCCGUGGAGGAAGGCCCGGGUCUCCUGUAUCCAGUGGAUAUGAAAGGAACAAAUCCUGAAGUGAUAGCAGGGACAGCCAUGGAAUACUAUGGAAAACUAUUAGAGGAAUCAUCCUUCGCUCCUGAGCUUUUCUCUGUUCCAGGAAGAGAGAAAGUUCAACUAGAGGCUUCCCUGAUGCACUUCCUCCCUCUCUACAGAGAAGACAGUAAAUGUAAGAUCCUGGUUUUAACUGACCCCCAAGACAAAACUUCAGUUUUAGCAUUGCAUUUGCACAAUUCCUGGUGGCUCACUGAAGAUGUGCUGAAGACGACUGAUCCUUUCCGGGAAGGUCUGAGGCAGGUCGAGACAUUUGCAGAAAGGAUUGUCCUUUUUGUGCUGAACUGCAUCAUUUUUGGGAUGCUGGAGAGGAGUCUGGCCUGCGACGCUCUCUUUGUGCCGCAUCCCAAAAAAGAGCGUGCCAAGAUAUUCUGGACAAGAGGAGAAGCGGUCGCUUUCUACACCAUCAAAGGAAAAGGAAGCCUGUGCGAUGGACUCACCAGCCAAUGCUACUUGCUCCCAGUUUUGGACACCAUGUUUGUCCGAAGGAAGUUCAGAAGGCGUGGGCUUGGUAUGAAAAUGCUUCAUGAUUUUUGUCAGACGUUUGCAGCGGAAGAGGCCUUGGGACUCAGUUGCCCCGUUUCUGCAGACAUGUACCGAGUUUGUCAAAAGUUCUUAGAAAUCCAUCCAGAGGAACAGCCUCGACUGUGGGAAGUGGAGGCACCGGGAGACUGGAGCCAGCGUGUUAGUAUCUGGCUCAAGAUUCAGCUGGAACAAAACCUCCCAAGAGAAGUUCCUCUGGGGAAGCUUCAAGAUGGCAAACUUGGGCAAUCAAAUGAAGCACAGAAGAAUGAGAGAGAUGGCCGUUUUCCUAAAAGUAUGGCAUCGCUGGAGCCUAAUAGUGUGGCAGAAGAAUUUAAGUGUGAACCAGAAGAUGCAUUUGACCUUCAGGCUCAUGAACACGUUGUUCAGAUGCCACAAAAUAAGGGAUCAAAGAAAAGGGCAAGAGAACCACCUCUGGACUGUGAUCCUAAGCAUUUCAGGCCACUGCCUUAACUUUGAAUCAUGGUAGAAACAAAGCAAGAACAAGAUGAAUAAUAAUUUUUGAGCAUUGACUACUAGGUUCUGGGCUCAUAUCUUCCCUUAAUCAAAUACUUAUUUAAGAGCCUCUUAUUUGAACCUGGUGUGUGUCUUCUGUGUUGGAGGCUUACUUGGUAAAGCUGUUGGAAAAGUUACUCAAAUAAUGUACGUGAAGCACUUUGCACACUUAGAAGAACUACAUAUACAUCCUCAGCCCUAUCUAUGAUGACCAUUUAAUGCAGUUUCAAACCAGUAUUGUGCCGAUGAUUACAUAGGACAUCCUGGAACUAUCCGGGCAUCCCCUGGGUAACGUCUCUGUAGACAGCCAAUUCUCUCACACCAGAAGCGACUUGCAAUAUAUUCUCUGACGUGAUAAAAAAAAAUCAUAAUGAGUCGCCCUUCUUUCCACUUUCUGAAGAAUUUACACCUCUCUGUCCGUAAGUGAGAUACCUAUACUGCUCAUGUUCAUGUUGGAUGAGGUUUGCUUUCUGUAUUCAUGCCACAUUGUGUUUUUCUGCUUCCACAAGAUGGUGCUGCUGCACAGAUGAAAGACAACAGCAAUACUUUGGUGAAUGGAGUGCUAAAAAGUUCAGGCAUGAAUGUUGGCCUCUUCCCAUUUUGUUGAGGAGAAAUACAAGAAAGUGGUCAUGCUUCUUUACAAAUUGAGGAACAGAGAAAGGAUGACAAUUGUGUCAUACAAAGGGAAAGCAAGCUUAGACUCUGAGACACAAACUAUCUUGUGUGGAUUUCUGAGGUUUUCCAGUAGCAGAUCUUUGCUUUUUAGUAGUCUAUUUGAAUUCCUAUUGUUAUCAUUAUAGCCUGCCCUUUUCCCAGCUGCGGGCCUAAGGUUUCUUGCAAAAGUUAAGACAGAUAUAAAGCUCACAUUGCUAAAAAUAAUCCAAUAAAUAAAUAAUCAAAACUUACACAGAAGUAAAAACAUUCCCAUUAAAAAGCACAUUGUUAAAUUCCCAAAAGCCUGUCUCACAAGGCAAGUUUGUAUUUCCUUGAGAUACUCUUGAUUGCGAACAGGUGUGUUUAAACUUCUCUAGGAUUUGGGAACCUCCCUGUGUUUGCACCAGAAGGUGCAUGGAUGGAUAUAAGGAUUUUUCAAAGGCCUCAAAACCUAUCUUGGGUCAUGUAAGUGAACACAAUCCUUCGGAUAACCUGCACCCGAGAUGAACCUUUUCUUACCUCCUUGCCUACUCCUGUUUAACCUGCUUUCAGUGCUACAGGAACUGGGAUGCUCUGCUUCAGCUUUUCUUCUAACCUGUUUUGCUGAACACUAGGAAGACUGGGCUUGUUUUCGGGCAUCUGCUGUGACUCCUCCAAUGGUAAGUCUGCUCCAUCUUCUAAUGAAGGUGAACUCAAGGGUGUGCAAUGACAAUUUUGGAAGGAAAACAGCUGCUAUCUCAAAAUGCUGCCUGAAAUUGGUGUCUCAAAAAUGGCUGCUGCAGAGCAUAGGGCACUCUACUAUGGAAUACCCUGGAAAGGAAUUCAACUUCUGAGACAAAGGAAAGGACAGGGAAUGAUCACUACCUGAUACUGGCAAAAUGGGAAAUUGCAGUGUUGUGUUCCUAGCCACAGAAGCACAAAUAAAAUGCCAACAAUUUAAAUACUGAGCGAUGGCUUGCAUUAUACCUCAAAACAGGUCUUGAAGCAGCCUGUUUAGCAGACCUUGCUCAGGGCAGGUGGCAGUAAUGUGCUGAAUCAGGGCACAGGUGUAUCAGGUGUUGGCUCUGGAUUCUGCCAGCUGAGGCUUGGCUUAGCUAUGGGAGGCCAAACAUGAGAACAACCAUUUGCUGUGCAAGAAUUAAAUAUGUACGUUGAGUUCCAGAGUUAGCUUUUAGUUAUUGAAAACUAGUUCGGGUUGUUUGAAAAAGGCUUUGUUUGUAUUUGGAUGUUAUAAAUGGACCUGUUAGAAAUUGGUGAUCCAUGGCUGAUGUGGUUUGCGGCAGUCUCUGGAUGUGGGCGAAAAUACUGCAAAUCCCAUUGUCCAUGGUCCAUCCUCCCCAACCCUCACCAAGAUGUAAAGUGUGUCAUGGGCAGUCUAUGUGCCAGGUUUGGUCCAUAUUGAUGCCCGAUGGGUUUUCGUUAUCGGGUCAGAAGUGACUUGCAGUCAGCAGCAAUCUCUGGAUGUAGGUGAUGGUACUGCAAAUCCCAUUGUCCAUGGUCCAUACUCUCCCAAACCUCACCAGGAUGUAAAGUGCAUCAUGGUCAAUCUAUGUUCUAGGUUUGGUCCAUAUCCAUGACUGAUGGAUUUUUUUUAUCAUGUCAGAAGCGACUUGCAGUUAGCAGCAGUCUCUGGAUGUGGGUACUGCAAAUCCUAUUGUCUGUGGUCCAUCCUCUUCUUAACUUCAACAGGAUGUACAGUCGGUUGUGAGGGGGUCUGUGUGCCUAGUUUGGUACAGGUCCGUCAUUGGUGAGGAUGGUAGAAAAAUACAUUGCCGCCCAUUUACAUGCAUACAAACAAUCUCUCUCUCUUUCUCUUUCUCUCUGUCUCUCUGUCUCUGUCUCUCUCUCACACACACAUGAUUUUGGAUCAAGUGAUUUUAAUAUUUAUGCAUUCUAUGUCUUAAUGUCUAAAUGUUGCUUACGUCUUAUGUUUUGAUGGUCUUGUUGAUUUUAACUCGUAUGUUUAUUGUUUCGAGAUUAUGAUUUGGUUUUUACAUGUAUGUGUAGCAUUGAAUUUUGUCAUCAUUAUGGUGAAAACCACUUUGAGUCCCCCAGGGGUGAGAAAAGCGGUAUAAAAUAAAUAUAUAGUAUAGAUAUAGAUACAUAGAUGACAUUUUCCUGGUCUGUUGGUUGCAGAUGACCUGGAAAUGAUAACACGAGAUGAUAACAAAAUAUCUAGGGGAACAGGAACUCCCAUUGGUGCAGUGGGUUAAACCUUUCUGCUGGCAGGACUGCUGACUUGAUAGUUGGGUUGCUGACCUGAAGGUUGCUGGUUCGAAUCCAACCCAGGGAGAGAGCAAAUGAGCUCCCUCUGUCAGCUCCAGCUCCAUGCAGGGACAUGAGAGAAGCCUCCCACAACAAUGGCAAAAACAUCAAAACACCAGGGCAGCGUCCUUGCAGACAGCCAAUUCUAUCACAUCCCAAGCGACUUGCAGUUUCUCAAUUUGCUCCUGACACACACAAAUUUCUAGGGGAAUUUCUUUGCUGCAAUAAACACUUUAUACACUUAUAUGUACGUGUUUUGGCAUUGUUUGACGAGAUGGCCCGAUUGUAUUAAUGUAUAGCAAACUAUCUAUAGGGGAAUUUCCUAACUGGAUUGUGAAUGUAAUAUAUGUACAAGUCUUUUGCAUGUGCAUGUUUUUGCUUAGUCUUUCCAAACUCAAACACGGUGAAAAUAAACUCGGACACCUUUUGGUA